AUGGACCCACCCGCUCGCUGGGUGCGCUGGUGUAUUAGCCUAAUCCCGCCGAAGUGUCCCGUUAAUCCCGGCGUGAGCUCCGUCCGUCCUGCACUCACAUGGAUGAAGAUCCAGACUGGUGAUGUUACCUGCUGUGAUGGAACCAAACCCUGCAGAGUGGAGCAGAAGCUUUCAGACACACUCCGAGUUUCUGUACUGAGUCACAUCAUGUCGGGAGCGCACAUGCUAGUGUGGAUCGUCCUCGUACUCUCCGCAGAAGCUGCGAGCCAGAACGACGCCUGCGACAGCGAGCCUUGCCGAAACGGUGGCGUGUGCAUCCCGACCCGAGGCGACUACACAUGCAGCUGCUCUAAAGAACCCAGAAGCGGGCGUCUAUACGGAGGCCCGAACUGCACCGUGGCGCUGCGCGGCUGUGAGCACCACCUUUGCCGGAAUGGCGCCACCUGCUGGCCUGUUCUUAGCGGUGGACAGCAUCGCUACAGCUGCUCCUGCGCUGAGGGAUUCACUGGCUCCAGGUGCGAGAUCUCCACCACGUUCUCCUUCGAGAACAGCGGCUUCCUGUACGUCCGGGGACCCGCCGGGGACGCCGCGGACCUUCUGAGCGCCACCCUGAGCUUCCGGACGCUGCAGCGGAGUGCCACCCUGCUGCAGGGCACCGUGGACGACCACGCCCUCUCGCUGCAGCUGAGAAGUGGGCGACCGCGCCUGGUGUUGCGGCGGACUCAGGACUUCCACCCGGACCCCGUGGAGCUUCCCCGGGACAUCGCGGACGGUCGCUGGCACACGGUGCAGCUGUUCCUGCACAGUGAUGCGUUUGGGCUCAGUCUGCAGGAUCCGUCGUGCACCUCAGCAUCCUGCCACCGUGAGGCACCGGUGGAAACAGAACCGGGUUCUGGAUCGGGUCUGAACGGUUCCGGGCGGAUUCAGGGCGUGUUUAUAGGAGGAAGCGGGGAGGUACCAGCGCGCCCGGAGUCGUUCUUCCUCGGCUGCAUGAGGGACAUCCAGGUUCAGUCUCGGGCGGUGGUCCCCAGCUCAGGGGUCGAAGGUCAGCAGGUGAACGUGAGUCUGGGAUGCAGGGAGGGUGACGGGUGCGAGAAGCGACCCUGCGGGAACAGAGGGAGGUGCGUCGGACAGGGGUGGAGGAAACACAAGUGCGAAUGUCAUCGACCGUACAGAGGAGACGCCUGCUUACAAGAGUUCUCGGUGGUCAGGUUUGGAGGUGAGGGUGCAGAAAGCUUCGCUGUGUUUGCGGUCGACGAAGAGUCCGGCGACUCCUUCGUGGUCUCCAUGUUCGUUCGUACCCGCCGCCUGAGCGGGUUCCUCCUCGCGUUCUCCAACAGCACCGGCAGCUACCUGAACGUGUGGCUGGAGGGGGGGAAGGUCAGAGUUCAAGCAGGCAGCUCUGAGAGCGUGCAGGGUCACGAGAGCGUCAGUGAUGGACGUUUCCACCUGGUGAGUGUCCGCGUGGAGCCUGGGUCUGUCAGGCUGGAUCGGUCGGGCGGGACGCUGGUGGCUCCGCCGGGUCUGAGGAUCCGGUCAGGUGACGUGGUUCGAGUCGGAGGCCACGAGGACCGUGAUGCAUCGUUAGCGUUCGGCGGCUAUUUCAAGGGGUGUGUACAGGACCUGAGGGUGAACGAGCAGCCUCUGCUGUUUUACCCGGUUAUUGGGUUGGUUAGUUCCUACAUCCUCGAGAGAAAGGUGGAGGUCACGCCCAACUGCACCGCCGACGACUCCUGCAGGACUAACCCCUGUCUGAACGGCGGUGUGUGUUACUCCGUCUGGGAUGAUUUCACCUGCAGUUGCCCUCCCAAUACAGCAGGGCGGCGCUGUGAGGAGCUGAGGUGGUGCGAACUGUCUCCGUGUCCUCCUGCUGCAGUCUGUCGAUCACACGGUGCAGGAUUUGACUGUGUUCUGAACGUGACGCUCCGUGAGGGAGCCGGGGACCGCGCCCUGACCUACAGGGGUAACGGGGGGGUCCGGCGCCCCCUCCGCAGCGUUUCGGUUCGUUUCCGGACGCAGAGACGCUUCACCACGCUGCUCCACGCCGCCAGAGAAAACAGAUUCAUCACCGUGGCGAUACAGGACGGGCGGCUGGUUCUGGAGCUUCGGGGCGGCUCGGGUUCCUCCUCCGUCCGUCUGCAGAGCCGGUGAGGAACCGAUGAUGGAAACUGGCACAGCGCCACCUUGACCAUGGUCGACCCCUCUGCACCGGCGUCCGAAUGGUCGAUGGUGCUGGACGAGCGGCAUAACGAGAGCUCCGUCUCCUCCAGCGUUUCUGGAGACCUGAGCUUCCUCAGGGAGGGCGUGGACAUCUCGGUCGGGGGCGCUGAUCCUGACUCCGGUGCGGAUUUCGACGGAUGUCUGGGUUCGGUGGAGAUCGGCGGCCUUCUCUUACCGUUUCACUCCGAGUCCGAGCUGGGCGUGACCAGGCCUCAGGAGGAACGCUUCUUAAAAGUAUCCGGAACGCCGAACGCCGGCUGCCGGGGCGCGAAGGUGUGCGAUCCGAACCCCUGCCGGAACGAGGGUCGGUGCGAGGACCUGUUCGACCUUUUUAGAUGCCGCUGUGCUGAUAGGUGGCGCGGCCGGCUCUGUGAGGACGGAACCGACGCCUGCGGCUCCAACCCGUGCGUACGUGGAUCCUGUGUCCCGGCCGGUGAAGGGUACGGGUGCGUGUGUGAGCCGGGUUACGCCGGCCAGCGGUGCCAGGAAGAAAAGGACGUUUGUGAGGGACACGGGUGCCGUAACGGUGGAACCUGCCUGCGGGGACUCGGGCGGUACGCCUGCCUCUGCCCGAGAAACACCACGGGAGCGCACUGCCAAGAGCGAGUGCCGGAGGCGCCGUGGUACGUGGACCGAGUUCCGUCGCCCACGCUGCCGGUUAUGGUGUGUGGGAACGAGAAGUGGAAUUACAGCUGCUUUCAUGGCGGGAACUGCUCAGCGUCUCAGGACGUGUGUGACUGUCCGCCUGGUUUUACCGGACAGUGGUGCGAGCUGGAGGUGAACGAGUGCGCCUCCGACCCCUGCAUGAACGGCGGCUUCUGCCGGGAUCUGGUGAACCGGUUCCAGUGCGUCUGCGAGCUGAGCUUCGCCGGCGAGCUCUGCCAGAUCGACGUCAGCGACUUCUACCUCUACGUCUUCCUGCUGAUGUGGCAGAACAUCUUCCAGCUGCUGUCCUACCUCAUCCUGCGGCUGGACGACGAGCCCGAGGUGGAGUGGAACGCCGCCAACGACGACUGACCCACAAACAAUGACAACUGACAGGGGUGUGUGUGGCAUGGCCAAAAGUAUGUGGACACUUAACAUACAGGAUUCCAACAGUUUAGGGAGGGUUCCUUAGUGUUCCUGUUCCACAAUAACAUGGU